CCUGCCGUAAAGGCCGUGUGUGGCGCCUGCGCACUUCUUUUCCCUUGCGGAUUCCCGAAGAGGUGGUUGCAGUAAGGGGUUCUCCCUACGCCACGCGGCCGUCGCUAUGGUGAAGCUGAGCAAGGAGGCCAAGCAGAGACUGCAGCAGCUCUUCAAGGGGGGCCAGUUUGCCAUCCGCUGGGGCUUUAUCCCUCUUGUGAUUUACCUGGGAUUUAAGAGGGGUGCAGAUCCUGGAAUGCCUGAACCAACUGUUUUGAGGGUGUGGUGGCUCACACCUGCAGUCUCAGCACUUUGGAAAGCCAAGGUGGGAAGAUCGUGGGAGGAUUGCUUGAGGCUAGGAGUUCAAGACCAGCCUGGGCAACAUAGCGAGACCCAACUCUACCAAAAAAAAGAAAAAAACCUACUUUGGGGAUAAAGGAUUAAUUGGUCUUCUGGAUUUGGAGGCAAUCAGCGGACAGCAUGGAAGAUGUGUGCUCUGGCUUGGAUAAGAGAUGGGACAUCGUUCAGUCACUAGUUGGAUGGCACAAGGCUCUUCACAGAUGCAUCUGUAGCAGAGUGGAACUUGUACUAACUUAUGAUAGAAUGUAUCAGAAUAAAUGUUUUUAACAAUGUUA